CUCUCUCUCUCUCUACACAGGAGGAACAGGGCAAUAGCUCCAGAGAGCCGAGAAUUGAAAUCCAAUCUGCGCUCUUCAAUUUCUCAACUCAGAUAUUAGUUUGUACAAAGAGGAAGAAUCAUGGAAGGAGGCAUACCCGAUUCAGGUCCUUCAGCUUUCAGAGAGUGUUUCUCCCUCGCCUGGAAGAACCCUUACGUUCUCAGACUGGCCUUCUCUGCUGGGAUCGGCGGACUUCUCUUCGGCUACGAUACAGGGGUGAUCUCCGGAGCAUUGCUUUAUAUCAGAGAUGAUUUUUCGGAAGUCGACAGGAAGACAUGGCUGCAGGAGAGUAUAGUAAGCACUGCAAUUGCAGGUGCAAUCAUAGGUGCAGCAAUAGGUGGAUGGGUAAAUGAUCAAUUUGGAAGGAGAAUUUCCCUCUUAGUUGCUGAUUUCCUCUUCUUCAUUGGAGCAGUCAUCAUGGCUGCUGCCAACGGCCCCAUGCUUCUCAUUGUAGGUCGUGUUUUUGUUGGUCUCGGUGUCGGAAUGGCAUCGAUGACUUCUCCGCUUUAUAUAUCAGAAGUUUCGCCUGCGAAAAUCCGAGGAGCUCUUGUCAGCACCAAUGGCUUCCUUAUUACAGGAGGCCAGUUUCUAUCCUACCUCAUUAACUUGGCCUUUACAAAGGCGCCAGGUACUUGGAGAUGGAUGCUUGGAAUUGCUGGAGUACCAGCAUUGCUGCAAUUCAUUUUAAUGGCAUAUCUGCCGGAGUCUCCUCGUUGGCUUUACAGAAAGGGAAAGGAGGAAGCAGCCACAACCAUUCUUCACAAAAUUUACCCAGCCAAUGAAGCCGAAAAUGAAAUUCAAGAACUUAAGGAAUCUGUUGAAGCUGAGAUCAGGGAACAAGGCUCAUCGGAGAAGAUAAACAUCCUAAAACUCAUUAAAACGAAGACAGUUAGACGUGGACUCAUCGCUGGUAUUGGGCUUCAGGUAUUCCAACAGUUUGUGGGAAUAAACACAGUCAUGUAUUACAGCCCAACAAUAGUUCAGUUGGCUGGAUUUGCCUCAAAUCAGAUAGCGCUGGCGCUCUCACUUAUAACAUCUGGAUUGAAUGCUUUGGGGUCUAUUGUCAGUAUCUAUUUCAUAGAUAGAACAGGAAGGAAGAAACUUCUCAUUAUUAGUUUGUGCGGAGUUAUUCUUUCUCUUGGAGUUCUUUCGGCAGUUUUUCAUCAAACUUCUACACAUUCACCAGUUGUCGGUAAGGUGGAGACAGGACAUUUUGGUAAUUCUACCUGCCCAGCUUUUCAGUCUGUUUCAGCUACUUGGGAUUGCAUGAAGUGCUUGAAAGCUUCAUCUCCUUCUUGUGGGUUUUGCGCCUCUUCCAUCAACAAGCUUUAUCCAGGAGCAUGCCUGGAAUCAAAUGAUGAUGUGAAGCAUGAAUGCCAUAAAGAAGGAAGGCUAUGGUACACCAAAGGUUGCCCAAGCAAAUUUGGCUGGAUUGCAGUGGUUGGCUUAGCUCUUUACAUAAUUUUCUUCUCUCCAGGAAUGGGUACUGUCCCAUGGAUAGUAAAUUCUGAAAUUUAUCCUCUAAGAUUUAGGGGAAUAUGUGGUGGAAUUGCUGCUACAGCUAACUGGAUCUCUAACCUUAUUGUGGCUCAGUCAUUUUUAACUCUUACACAGGCAAUAGGAACAUCUAUGACUUUUAUGAUUUUUGGGAUUAUAUCCGUUGUUGCUUUAUUUUUCGUGCUGAUUUGUGUGCCGGAGACGAAGGGUCUGCCGAUCGAGGAGGUCGAAAACAUGUUGGAUAACAGAGAUUUAAAGUUCAAGUUUUGGAGAAAAAGGUCUGUUAAGGCUAAACUUCUUGAUGAUUUGAAAAAGAGUUCUGAUGUCUGAUGUACCGUUUAUAGUUGAUUUUGAAGUUUGUACUCUAUUAUUAUAUCUAAGGGGUUUAGAAAGCUUUGUUGGUGUUCGGCUCGAUCAUUGGCAUGAGUUCGAUUGAUUUUUAUAAGUUUGCAUAUAUGAGUUUAACACAAGCAAGACCUUAUUUUAUUGUUAUCCUUAUGUAUAAA